ACCUUCUGUAACGAACUUUAAGUGUCUAAUGUCUCAAAAGUCACCGCAGCGUGAUCGAAGUUUUCAGAUUGGAUUUAAAUACUGUACACCAACUCCCCUAUGCCCAUGCCUUGUCCUCCUCGCGCAUCAACGUCUCCAAUGACUGAACUACCUAAUCUGAAUUCUAAAACCCACUUGUGCUGAGCUGCACUAGCCAACCAAACCAACCAUUCUCCGAACCCAUCCAACCGUACUAUUCUUCGUUCGAGUAGGUAAAGUAACAACAACACAAGACAAGACAAGACAUCCCUUAUGAAGCCGAUCUAGCUAUGGCGUGCGCGGGGGCGGACAUUCGGCGGAACUACUUACAGGCAGCUUCGAAUCCGAAAGCCAGCCGAAAACCGAACUAGCUAGCGCGCUCGCCAUAGGUAGGCCGCAUGAAUGAAUGUAUGGGAAAAAAAACAACAACGACAGGUUCACCGGAGCCAAUUUUCACCGGAGCCGUUUAUUCCGUUGGAUCACGUUGCCAGUGGAGGAUCACCCCGCGAGCGCGAUCGUUCCGCGUUGAGUUUGAAGAGUUUGUUCAGUUUCUGGUGGUCGGAAUUCGCGUGCAUCGCCGAGUCAUCAUCAGCCGGAUUGUUGAUGCGCUAAGCGCGCAUUUCUUGGUGCGAGACGGCGAAGGCGGUUUACCAAACAGGUGCUCUUCCCGCUGCUGCUGCUGUUUUAUUACAAGCGAAAGGAAAAUUAUUGCCUGGUUGAGGGAAACUCUCGUGGUCGGUUUGGUGUUUUUUAUGGUUUAUGAGCUCUGCUGGAGUUGUUUUGUUACAAGAUUUCAUCUGAGAGCUGUUUUGUGUGUGCAUUCGACAGGCUCGGACCAAGUGUGUUAUCAAUUUUCCGGGAAAGUGGAACGACGAUGCAGAUGUUGAGCACGGACUGUUAGUGAACCAUGGCUGGACAGAAAUUUUUCCAUGGCCUCACCGAGGCCAUGAUCAAUCGAGGUGCGGAGCGGCCCGAUCGACAGAAGUCGAACUUUUACUGGCCCGAAGAAUAUUUGGAGGAUCCUCAGGAUCGAUUCGUAACGAGCAGCCGCAGGCAAUCGACGUCUUCGGCUGCCACAACUCCCAAGGAAUGUCCUAGUCCUGCAAGUGAAAUCGAAACGGGUGAAGUGAUGAAACAACGACACAGAAGCAACAUCAGAUCCCACAUAGAGUUUAGUGACGAGAACGAUUCUGCCUUCUCGCAGCUAGCUCGAGAACGGCAGCGUGAAAAGUUAAGAAUAGAACAAUUUCUACGCCAGCAAAGUGACGACGUUAGUGAGGCGGCCAAAACCAAACGCCAGAAUACUCUCAAAUCGAGAAUCCAGUUUUACGACUAUGUUGAAACCCCGAACGGUGGUCGGGCAUCUCCCCGGAAGCUUCCGGCAAACGGAUACCAUACACCCACAACCCCCGAUUUCGAAGACCAUCCCUCGACCUUCGGCCCACAAACUACAAACGGAAUCAGCAAUGGUGGCACCAACUAUCGGAGACAACUGUCAUCCCCAGCAUCAUCCGAGUACCACUACUCGGCCCGUUACACCGGAUCCUACGACGAUUUUGAGGAAGACGACGCCCGCAGCUAUCGGUCCUCGAACGAGCUGAACUUCAGCCCCCCAGGAACUCCCCUCUCGAACGGAGGAGACAUUCCGGAACACAAACGCCAAUCCCAUCGGCACCUGCGCUCCAGCAUAGCGUUCUGCAACGGAGUCGUGAUGGCCGACGAAGGCGACGGAGGCGGCAAGUCCCCGGUCAGCGUCCGGGAUUCGGCGGCCAUGCAGCGCGUCGGCGUUGGACUACCAAAUUUGUAACUUUCGUCGUUCAACUCAAUACCUACUGUUAAGGCCCCGGAAGACUAAUUUACAUACCUACCCCCUCACUAAAAAAAUCCCCCAUUCACGCUAAUAUUGUUGGCGCUAGACACACAAAUGUAAGAAAAAAAGUUAAAAAUCGAUCGAAGAUGAAAACUAUCGCGAGUGACGAAGCGCUUGUUAUAAGAAGCACGCUAGCUAGAACUAACCUAAGAUAGAACUAGGAUCCGCUACCACAUUUUGCGAGAGAAGUGUUGAAUUUUGGAGGAGGGCGUGUCAAUGUUGUGCGAAUGGUCAACAUCUGGAUGGACUUUAUGAGAGAUUUCUAGUGUAUUUCUAAGAAAAGAAUCCGAGUAGAAUAAAGGAAUCAUUGAAGAAGCAAAAUAUUGUGGAAUGUAUGUAUGGACUCAAGAUGUAUUUAAUAAAACCGAAGAUUACCGAGAA